ACCAGCGUUGUUAUAUGUGUGUGUGUAUAUAUAUAUAUAUAUAAUUGAGCUGACUUUCCAAGCUUUAUGAUGAUUAUCCACUAAAUCAUAUCUACAUAUAUAUAUUGCCAAACAACCCCCCAAAAGAAGCCAAAAAAUCACAAAACAAAAUCUGGGUUUGUCUUGAAUGGAUGUUGAAAAGAUGAAACUGAAGAAAAACAUGUUGGCUAAGGCCUGGGACAGAUGCAAAUCUCUUGGAAAUAGUGGCAAGAACUCAUCGGUGAAUCCAUUGAUGAAGAAGAGCAAAUCAUGUCAUAUUCCUUCCUCAUCCAUGGAUGAUCAUAAAAAGAAAAACAAGGUGGCUCCGGAAGGGUGUUUUUCGGUAUACGUUGGAUCUGAAAGGCAAAGAUUCGUCAUCAAGACCGAAUUGGUUAACCAUCCAUUGUUCAAGAUGUUGCUUGAAGACGCUGAGCUUGAAUAUGGGUUCAAUAGUGAAGGUCCUCUUCUUCUUCCUUGUGAUGUUGAUUUGUUUUAUAAAGUUUUGGCAGAGAUGGAUGAUAAUGGUGAUGAUGGAGAAAUGAGUACUCGUUUCAUUUGUAGCUUUGGGUGCAGUCCUUCUCGUCAUCGUUUAAGUUCAAGAAGUAUGAAUAAAGGAUAUGGAUCGUAUAAAGCUCUUUGUUCAUCUCCAAUGAUUAAAUUGAAUAGUUGUUAAAACUUAAUGAUUAUACGAUUUGAUUUUUCUUUUUUGGGGAAUGGAUAUGUGAAGAUGAUCAAGCAUUCACAUACAUCAAUGUAAUUGAAAAAGUGGUGUGUAUUGAUUUUCAUAAUUUAAUGCAUAUAGUCAUUGACUUAUA